CUUCUCUCAGUGUACUCAGUUGUAGAAGGAUUCCCCAAAUGGACACUUUACAAGGAGCACAGUUGAGGUGGUAUUUUGAUGGCAGUGUUCAGUGUUUCUCAGAUGGUCACAUUCCUCUUGCAAUCAUGAGUAUUGUUAGUCUGCUCAUCUGUAUAGCUCUAGUAUUGGGGUCUUUCACUUUUCCUUUUAAAUUUUCAAAUAAUUGGUCUAUUCUGCGACGGUUUCAAACAAGCUGCAGUAAAACGUUCACAACUAGCUAUUGGUGUGGCAUUGAAUUAGCCAGGAGACUUGUGAUCCUAAUAGCAAUAGCAAUCUUUCCAAGCAGCAUAGUUACAGUAAUAAUGUUCCUUAUGGUAUUUUUGACUCUGUAUGGCUAUGUUGGACCACAUAUGAAAAAGCUGCACAACUUCAGUGAAAUGAUUGUAAUGCUUUGGCUCAUUGUUCUUCUGAUGGUGAGUAUUAAUCCUCAGCUACAUGAAACAAUGAUUAAAGCCAGCAAGAACUCAACAAGUAUACCUAACUGCAGUAAUGAGAGUCAAACUAUCACUGAUUUAUCUGUACUACUGGCUGUACUCUACUAUUUUCCAGUUGUCAUUUGCUUAGUAAUUUUCUGUUUUUCAAUACUGAAAACAAAAAUAAAGAAACUGAAAAAAGUUAAUUUUAAAAAGAGUAGAUCUAAUGAUAUUGAUAGGUCUUACAUGUUGCUUGAUGAAACUGUACGUAAAUCAGUCCCUUUUACUGAAAUUAUUGACCCAAGUGAUGACACAGAAUUUUAAACAAACUAUACCUAUACAUGUACUUGUGUGUCUAUUAUUAUAAGUGAAAAUAUUAUUUAGAAAAAAAUUACAAUUAUAAUAUUAGAGUUUAGUUGACACAAUAACAAAAGUAUUUUAAAUUACA